AUGGCAAAUAAAAUACUUGAUCCAAUCUUUAAAUUAUAUGAUCCGAUUCGUUAUUCAUUUAACAAGAAAAAAGAGGAUUAUAUUAUCUCACCGACUGUUGGUUCUAAAUCCCAGUUGAAUGAUGGAGGUAGAAUUACCUUCGAAAUAAAUUCAUUAUCAAAUUGGUUACUUCUUUCCGAUGCUUAUUUCAGAUGUGAUUUCAAAAUUAAAGAUGGAACUCCCAAUGAAAAUCGAGUACCCCUAACUAAUACAACGUUAGAAAACAUUUUUUUUCCAUCUUUAUUUAGCGAGAUGAUUUUGGAAGCUGGUUCAAAUCUGAUAGAAACUAUUAAACACCCUGGGGAAUUCGAUACAAUGUUGAAAACAGUUUUAUAUCCUAAAGACUUCGAUUCAGUCUCAGGCUGGAUACCCGAUGUUGGCGAUGGAAGUGUUUUAAAAGAACCGGUAAGAAAUGUUGCAAAUGAUGCAGACUUAGCUAGAAUGACAGUUGUUGCUCGAAACACAAUAGAAAGAGUAGCACGAGCAGCUAAUCAUGGAUUCGAAAAACGAGUACUUCAGUAUAAUAAUGUUGUUGAGAAUAAUAGGUUGGGUAAUUACGUAAAUUGGAAAUUAUAUCCUUUAUUCGGUCUGUUGGAACACAGAAAAGUUUCCAUAGGGUUACCAUAUAAAAUUCAUCUACAAAGAGAAAUCAACGAUAAUAUGAUAUUCUUUGGAGAGAAUGCUUCAGAUGCAAAAUUAGAAAUAACGAAUCUCUAA